CUUAGAGUAGUGAUGAUGUCUGGUGAAAUCGUCUACUCCGAUGUUACAUUCACUCGGCAUCAGAACCAAGAUGCUGGAGCAGAAAGUGAAGUUUCUAAAGGUGAGUUUCUCCUCCUCUUUAUUCUCUCUCAUUUAUAUAGUUAUAUUAGUUUUCAAACAUACGUUUACAAUACAACAUUUCAUCACCUUGGGGGGCGAGGGUUGAAAUGUCAUAAUUCAACAAGGAGUUAGUAACAGAAGAAGGCUGUAUAUACUGAGUGUAUAAAACAUGAAGAACACCUGCUCUUUCCAUUACAUACACUGACCAAGUGAAACCAGGUGAACGCUGUGAUCAAUUAUUGAUAUCAAAUGUUAAAUCAUUGUAGGAGACGGGUUAAAGAAGGAUUUUUACCCCUUGAGACAAUCGAGACAUGGAUUGUGUACGUGUGCCAUUCAGAGGGUGAAUGGGCAAGACAAAAGAUUUGAACGGGGUAUGGUAGUAGUUGCCAGGCGCACCGGUUUGUGUCAAGAACUGCAACACUGCUGGGGUUUUUACACUCAACAGUUCCUCGUGUGCAUCAACAAUAAUGAUCCACCACAAAAAGGACAUCCAGCCAACUUGACACAACUGUGGGAAGCAUUGGAGUCAACAUCGGCCAGCAUCCCUGUGCAACGCUUUCGACACCUUGAAAGGCCUCAGUAUGUAUAAAAAUUAUAUUAUAAUAAUUUGAUAAAAUAUUGAAUUUGGCCUUUACUACUAUAGCCCAUAGAAACACAUUGAAAAACACAUUCAAAAUGGCAAAAAAAAGACAGUCAAAGAACAAAUCAUAAGGAAUAUCAUAAGGAAUAUUUUUAUUUAAUUGUCACGUUCGUUUAAGGACGGGUCAGACCAAGGCGCAGCGUGAAAUGCAUACAUGUUUAUUUUAAAGAUAAACACAUGAACAAAACAACGUAACGUGAAGUCCACAGGCUAAACACAACACAAGCCUCUACACGGAACAAGAUCCCACAACAACUGAAUGCAAACAGGCUGCCUAAGUAUGAUCCCCAAUCAGAGACAACGAGCGACAGCUGUCUCUGAUUGGGAAUCACACCCGGCCAAACAUAGAAAUACAACACCUAGACUGAGAACAUAGAAAAUACAACAUAGAACUCCACACCCUGAUUCAACAUCUUAGAGUCCCAUACGUCAGGGUGUGACAGUAUCCCUCCCCCCCCCAAAGGUGCAGACUCCGACCGCACAAACCUUACAUAACAGAGUAGGGUCCGGGUGGGCAUUCCACCUCGGAGGCGGAUCCGGCUCCGGGCGUGACGACCACAUUCUCUCAGCCUCCCCGUUACGCCCCUGGUCUGGUCUGGACCUCGGCACGCUGCUUCCCCUCUCCUUCCUCCCACGAUGCACCAAGCCCUGUCUGGACCCUGGUGUGGGAGACCCCGAACCUGGAGAGGGACUGACAUCUGGGUCUGGACUGGAGCCGCUGACCGGAGUUGGACUGGGCACCGGUGAAGCGAACUGCUCUGGCUCUGGACUGGAGCCGCUAACCGGAGCUGGACUGGGCACCGGUGGAGCGGACUGCUCUGGCUCCGGAGUGGAGUUGCUGACCGGAGCUGGGACUGGAUCCUGGUGGAGCGGACUGCUCUGGCUCCGGAGUGGAGUGUAACGGGCACGGGCCGUGCCGGACUGGACACACGCACCACUGGCUUGGUGCGAGGAGCAGGCAAGGGCCGGACCGGACUAGGAUCACGCAUCACUGGCUUGGUGCGAGGAGCAGGAACGGGCCGGGCCGGACUAGCGACACGCACCACUGGCUUGGUGCGGGGAGCAGGCACGGGCCGGGCCGGACUGGGAACACGCACCACUGGUCUGGUGGGAGGAGCAGGAACGGGCCGGGCUGGACUGGAGACACACACCACAGGUCUGGUGCGAGGAGCAGGAACGGGCCGGGCCAGACUGGGGACACGCACCAUUGGCUUGGUGCGGGGAGCAGGCACGGGCCGGACCGGACUAGGAACACGCACCACUGGCUUGGUGCGAGGAGCAGGGACAGGCCUUACCGGACUGGGAACACGCACCACUGGCCUGGUGCGUGGAGCAGGAACAGGCCGGGCCGGACUGGCGACACGCCACACUGGCCUGGUGCGAGGAACAGGAACAGGCCGGGCCGGACUGAGAACACGCACCACUGGCUUGGUGCGGGGAGCAGGAACGGGCCGGGCCGGACUGGGAACACGCACCACUGGCCUGGUGCGAGGAACAGGAACGGGCCAGGCCGGACUGGGGAGACACACCACAGGUCUGGUGCGAGAAGCAGGAAUGGGCCGGGCUGGAGACACGCACCACUGGUUUGGUGCGAGGAGCAGGAAUGGGCCGGGCCGGGCUGGGGACACACACCACUGGCUUGGUGCGAGGAGCAGAUACGGGCCGAACAGGACUGGUGAGGUGCACUGGAGACCAGGAGCGUUGAGCCGGCACUACCCGUCCUGGCUGGCUGCCCACUUUCACACGAUACGUGCGGGGCGCUGGCACAGAACGCACUGGGCUGUGCAUGCGCACUGGCGAUACAGUGCGUAACUCUGCAUACUUGGGUUCCUCUAUUAACCCACGCUCCUUAUGUUGCCUAAACAGCUCCUCUCUCCGUGAAUCUACUUCCUCCUUCUCCCUACGAGCUUCCUGCAGUGCCUCCUCUUGAAUGGAGCUCUCCCGCUCUAUUCUCGCUAUCAGCCCCCGUAAUGUGGUGGCCUCCUCUCUUACCCUGCAGAUCCGAUCCUUCUCUCUCUCUCGGCACUCCUCCUCCAGUGAGGACUCCUCCGGGAGCCCCCACGAGUUAGGGAACAGAAACUCAUCGUCGUCGUCGUCAUCCUCCGACUCCUCAGUAUAAAACUGUUCCCACUCUUCUUCCCCAUGGUCGUAGGGACUCAACCUGGAAACCCACCGGGUGCAGUGGUCGGGGCUCUUCUCUCUCGCUCCCCGACCACUCCUUUAGCCCCCCCAAAAACAUGUAUUGGGGCUGCCUCUCGGGCUUCCUCCUCGGCCGGCUCCUUCUGUGUUGCCGUUGCUCCUCUCCUGCCUGGGCUUCCUUCUUCGCCCAGGGUCCUUUCCCCGCAAAUAUCUCCUCCCAAGACCAAAUCUUCCCCACCUGUGUCCAGGGUGUUUGCUCCUGGGCACGCUGCUUGGUCCGUGUUUGGUGGGAUCUUCUGUCACGUUCGUUUAAGGACGGGUCAGACCAAAACUGUGUAAACCCAGGGGUUAGAGGGAAAAUAAGACAUAUUUUGGUUGGGAUCAAUAUGAGCUUUUCUGAAGUGUGUUUGUAACUGUACUUGAGGAUAAAUAUGAAUUAGUACUAAAUGUUUAACAUGUGGUAUUGUGUGAGUCAGUGGGCAUCUCUUUUAGAAUGUACUAUAGCAUUAUUAUGUAAAGUGCAAAGUUUUUGUCCAUUUCCUUUUGAAUAUAUUCCAUAGGGCCUCAACAAUGGUUCUCCAUAUAGAAUCCUGUUUUGAAGGAUAUGUACAGUUUUAGUGCAAUGUAAAGGGCAUGAGAAGAUGACAGUUCCAUGUAAAGUAGUUGUUAUUCGUCACACUCUGGACAUGUCUGUUGGAUUUCACACUGUGAACCAACUUCCAGACAGACAUACAGACAGACAGACAGCAUCAACCUGUAACAUUUGGUUCAUGGCCAAAAGUGUUUCCUAAUUUCUCUUGACAAUAAGUUAGCUUUUCUUCAGAUAUGCUGAAUUAGAAUAUUAGAUUGGUUAGUUACCCUAACAGUUAAUAAAAUGGUUUGCAUGUUGGACCUUCCAGUCAGGGGACUCUAACCUAGUAGAGCUCAAAGGAAAGAAUAUUGAGAUAGUGGAUUGUAAGAGAGGAACUAGAAUGGGACAUUUCUUAUAGAAUGUUGAGAAAGUGGAUCGUGAGAGAGGAAAUAGAAUGGUACAUUUCUAAUAGAAUGUUGAGAUAGUGGAUUGUGAGAGAGAGGAACUAAAAUGGUACAUUUCUAAUAGAAUGUUGAUACAGUUGAUUGUGAGAGAGAAACUAUACUGAAAAAAUAUAUAAAUGCCACAAGCAACAAUUUAAAAGAUUUUACUGAGUUACAGUUCAUAUAAGGAAAUCAGUCAAUUGAAAUUAAUUAAUUAGGCUCUGAUCUACGGAUGUCACAUGACUGGGAAUACAGAUAUGCAUCUGUUGGUCAUAGAUACCUACAAAAAAUGGGCCUUACAAUGACCUCAAGAUCUCGUUACGGAAUUUUUGUGCAUUCAAAUUGCAAAUCGAUAAAAUUCAAUCGUGUACGUUGUCCGUAGUUUAUGACUGCCCAUACCAUAACCCCACCACCACCAUGGGGCACUCUGUUCACAACGGUGACAUCAGCAAACUGCUCAUCCACACGACACCAUACACAAGGUCUGCGGUUGUGAGGCCAGUUGAACGGACUGCCAAAUUCUCUAAAACGACGUUUGAGGUGGCUUAUGGUAGAGAAAUUAAUCUGUGGCAUUGUGUUGUGUGACAAAACUGCACAUUUUAGAGUGGCCUUUAUUGUCCCCAGCACAAGGUGCACCUGUGUAAUGAUCAUGCUGUUUAAUCAGCUUCUUGAUAUCCCACACCUGUCAGGUGGAUGGAUUAUCUUGGCAAAGGAGAAAUUCUCACUAACAGGGAAGUGAACAUAUUUGUCUACAUAAUUUGAGAGCAAUAAGCUUUUUGUGCAAAUGGAACAUUUCUGGGAUCUUUUAUUUCAGCUCAUGAAACAUGGGACCAACACCUUAGAUGUUGCGUUUAUAUAUAUUUUCAUUGUAGACCGAUACAUUUCUAAUAUAAUAUUGAUAUAGUGGAUUCUUAGAGAGGUACUAGAAUGGUACAUUUCUAAUAGAAUGUUGAGAUAGUGGAAUGUGUGAGAGAAACUAGAAUGGUACAAUACUAAUAGAAUGUUGAGAUAGUGGAAUGUGUGAGAGAAACUAGAAUGGUACAAUACUAAUAGAAUGUUGCGAUAGUGGAAUGUGAGAGAGAAACUAGAAUGGUACAAUUCUAAUAGGGGGUAAUCACCAUGAGGUUGGUUUUAGGGAAAUAAUAUAAUCACGCAUGGGGUGCAAUAUAUAUAAAAUAAAUGAAAAAAAGAACCAUUUCUUUCUUCAUAUCUCUGUAUCCAUAGGAGUAGCCGAACAUGAAGAUGAUGUCACAUACUCUGAGGUCAGAAGACCAGGAGGUAGAGCUAGAGAGCAGGAGGAUCCUGGGAAAGGUGAGGUGUGUGUGUGUUACAAUUAGCUAAGGGUUACAUUAAAUACCCCUUAUUUAACCUUAUGACCUUAUAACCUCUGACAUCCACUCCUUUUCCAGGAAGUGACCCUGACACUUGUGACCCCUCUCCCCCAGUGGGGUCAAAGGCUGCAAUCCCGGAGGGAGGGUCUGGGAGUGUUCCCGUGGUGACCCUGGCGUGUCUCUGUGUUCUACUGCUGGGUCUGGCUAUCACUCUGGGAGUCCUCUGUGAGUAUAGAAACAUUUAACUGAACCCUGACCCUUUUACACUACUGAACCGAACUGGUUAUGCAUCCACUGUAGUUGUUGGCCUGGAACUCUGCUGAAAAGGACAAUGUGCAGAGAAAAUAUCCAAGCCACCCCAGACCAGUACAUUUCAGGUUGGUACGAUAGUGUGAUACACAAGAGAAGAACAAUUACCCUCCAUCUUGUCUCCUUGUCUCUGUUCCAGAUUCUUCCAACAUGACUAGUCUUCAAACUGAGGAGGCUCGCUUUGCCCAGAUGAAAGAGAAUCUAACAGGUGAGAAUAUCAAUGAUCCAGAGGUCUUUACCAUUAUCAACCCCUUAUAUAAAUGUUUGAGAGAAUCCUUCAUAUAAAUCAUUAAGGUGCAGUUUGUCAAUGGGGGACUGGCUCAGAUUCAAAUACUGCCGUUUCACUGUAAUAUAUGAAUAACAUAUUGUUUCAUUUUAAUAGGACUAUGGUUAGAUAAUAGGUAAUUCUAGCUUGGACAAGGUUUACUUUCUUACUUUAUUGUUAGAUAUGUAAAUAAAUGAAUGUUAUUCAUCCGUAUUAUUUGCUCUUUCAUAACAGGGAAACUGCAUGAACUGCAAGACAACUAUAAGAGACUGCAGAAUGAGAGCCACAACAUAACAGGUAGGUAGUCUAGAGCAGGACUCUACUGACAUGGGACUGACUAGCUGCUGUUCUCCUAUUCAUAUCACAAUAUUGUCAUAACAUAUCUGUAAUUAUUGAAGUGCUUUUAAAGGCUGGUCAUGACACACAUUAACACCAUCAUCCCAGACAGCCUAGACCCACACCAAUUCACAUACACUACAGAUCCACAGAUGAAGCAAUCUCAAUUGCACUUCACACUGCCCUCUCCCACCUGGACAAGAUGUGAAAUAACUAUGUGAGAAUGCUGUACAUAGACUACAGCUCAGCGUUCAACACCAUAGUCCCCUCCAAUAUCAUUACCAAGCUAAGGACCCUGGGACUGAACACCUCCCUCUGCAACUGGAUCCUGGACUUCCUGACAGGCCGGCCCCAGGUGGUGAGGGUAGGCAACAACACCUCCACCACGCUGACCCUCAACACGGGGGCCCCUCAGGGGUGUGUGCUUAGUCCCCUCCUGUACUCCCUGUUCACCCACGACUGACCCACAUUCACAUACACUACAUACACACACACACACAAACAUAACACACACACGCAGACCGACAAAACACAAACACACAUACAUACACAUCACACACACACACUUUUAUACUCAUAAUUUGCUGCUGCUGCUACACUGUUCUUUAUUUGACUCUUAUUAUUAUCUAUCCUGAUGCCUAGUCACUUUACCCUACCUUCAUGUACAUAUCUACCUCAAAUACCUCAGCAUAUUGAUCUGAUACUGGUACUCCCUGUAUAUAGCUCCAUUCUUUUGUAUUUUAUUUUAUUCCUCUUGUGUUACUAUUUUGUUUUUAUUUUAAACUCUGCAUUUUAGGGAAGGGCUCAUAAGCAAGAAUUUCACGGUAAAGUCUACACCAGUUGUAUUCGGCGCAUGUGACUAAUAACACUUGAUUUGAUUUGACAUACUAAUGUAAAGGGGAAGUUGAACCCAAUUUAACUAAAACUUCUCAUUUCAAUACAAAGUUCCAUGUUAUCAAGAUUAGCAUUACAUUUACACUGCAGUAGUAUUGCUUCCCCAAAACAUGUUUCAAUAUUGUAUAUGCUAUCAUUGCACUGUAUAUGAGGAAGGACAUGGGUUUUUCUUGACCAGGGAAAAGUCCUGGCCCUAAUGGAAAUUUAGUCAUAUGAGUGUGGUGAAGUGCAUUGGAAAGUAAUUUUAUACUUCAAAUGUUUUGUUUGCCAACUACAUACCUUUUGUAUUAUGGCCUUAAUUCAACAGAACUACACUGUAUUCUAAUUUGUUGUAAAUCUCUUCUGUUCUUAGUCCAGAAAGAGUUGUUAUCCUCAGGGCUUCAAGACUGUAAGGCCAACCUGACUAGGGUCAAAGAUCUCCUGCCAACCAUCCAAGGUCAGUUCAAUCCUCCCUAUGUACUGUGGUUGUGA